AUUGGCGGUGUGAUGAAGUCGAUCCAGCCUACUGAAUAUCUCCAUCAAAAAUUUAGAAUUUUCGAGAAAAUACUCGCCAUGAUUAUGGAGAUGGAAGCGAAAACGGGUGUACAGUGCUCUAUACUCUAUGUAUUUGAUCUCGAUGGUUUGAGUUUCGAUCCUUCUUUGCUUGGAAUUCUUAGUGGACCAUUCCGAGUCUCAUGGCAAUGUGUUGGUCUACAUUAUCGCGAGUUGAUCGACAAGUUUGUUGUCAUAAACACUCCUAGCUACAUUAAUGUGUUAUGGUAA